UUGAUUCCGUGAUUCUGCGCAUUUCCUCCUUUCACCACCUCCAUAACUUGUGCAAUCCUUGUGUCCUUAGGACUUUAUCCACCAGUGACGAUGUGGAGGACAGGGAGACUGAGAAGGGCCGGCUGGAGGAGGCCUAUGAGAAGUGUGACCGGGACCUGGACGAGCUGAUCGUGCAGCACUACACCGAGCUCACCACGGCCAUCCGCACCUACCAGAGCAUCACCGAGCGCAUCACCAGCUCCCGCAACAAGAUCAAACAGGUGAAGGAGAACCUGCUGUCCUGCAAGAUGCUGCUGCACUGCAAGAGGGACGAGCUGCGCAAGCUGUGGAUCGAGGGCAUCGAGCACAAGCACGUCCUGAACCUGCUGGACGAGAUCGAGAACAUCAAGCAGGUCCCUCAGAAGCUGGAGCAGUGCAUGGCCAGCAAGCGCUACCUCAACGCCACCGACAUGCUGGUGUCGGCCGUGGAUUCCUUGGAAGGUCCCCUCCUGCAGGUGGAAGGGCUGAGUGACCUGAGGCUGGAGCUGCACAGCAAGAAGAUGAACCUGCACCUGGUGCUGAUCGACGAGCUGCACCGGCACCUCUACAUCAAAUCCACCAACCGCGUGGGCCAGCGCGGCAAGGACAGGGGCAGGAUCGGCUCCCUGGUGAAAGAUGCCUCUCCUGUGCCUCUGAUGGAUGUCACUAAUUUAUCCACACCUCGGAAGUUCCUGGAAACCUCCCAGUUCAGCACUCCUGGAAGCUCCAGCAUGCGAGACUCGAGCCUGCUGGAAAUCAAGGAAGACACGGAUCUGGAUCCAGAGGAGAACAGCAGUGUCUUCAUGGGAAUUCUCAUCAAAGGGCUGGCCAAGCUGAAAAAAAUCCCAGAGACAGUGAAAGCCAUCCAGGAUCGCCUGGAGCAGGAGCUCAAGCAGAUUGUGAAGAGAUCCACGACUCAGGUGGCUGACAAUGGUUACCAGAGAGGGGAGAAUAUUUCCCAGGAAAACCAGCCCAGGUUGCUGCUGGAGCUGCUGGAGCUCCUCUUCGACAAGUUCAACGCGGUGGCCGCCGCGCACUCGGUGGUCCUGGGGCACCUCCAGCAGACAGUGGCCUCUCCCUGCAGCCAGCACGAUGGGGACAUCAAGCUCUACGACAUGGUUGACGUGUGGGUGAAGAUCCAGGAUGUCCUGCAGAUGCUGCUGACAGAGUACCUGGACAUGAAGAACACCCGCACGGCCUCGGAGCCCUCGGCCCAGCUGAGCUACGCCAGCUCCGGCCGGGAAUUCGCCGCCUUCUUCGCCAAGAAGAAACCCCAGAGACCUAAAAACCCCCUGUUCAAGUUUGAGUCCUCCUCCCACGCCAUCAGCAUGAGUGCCUACCUGCGGGAGCAGAGGAGGGAGCUGUACAGCAGGAGCGGGGAACUGCAAGGAGGACCGGAUGAUAACUUAAUUGAAGGUGGCGGAUCCAAGUUUGUCUGCAAACCGGGAGCCAGGAACAUCACCGUCAUCUUUCAUCCCCUCCUCAGGGAACGCGCUUCAGCAGAUCAGUCACGUUGGGAGUUUUCAAACAUGCUUCAUCCGAAGGGGAAAAUCAACAGCCUGUCAGAAAUUUCACAUGUCUGCAGCUCCUCCUUCCCUCUGGAUGAAACACGAGCUGAAGGAACAGAGGAAUUUUGACAUUUGCAAGAGCUC